AUGGAUCAGUGGCUACAGAAUCAAGGUCCCAGCAUGAGUUAUGAAGAUUGGACAAAGAAACUAGAAGAGGUCCACACCGAUCUUGGAAACCCUCUGCCCAGAGAAAUUGAAUGGGUUGCAUGCAAAGGUUCAAAGCCUCAUUUUCGCGGAUACACUUGUGGUGUCUGGGUACUGGCACACGCUAUGGCAGCAGAAGCAUACAAACAAGAAGCCAAUAAUGCUACUUUCAACCCUGUCACAGAAUUCUUGGACCCAUUCUAUCAUUUUGUCGUCAAAUUUUUGAGUUGUGAAUGGUGUGCCAAGAACUUCAGAAAAGAGGCUGUUAGCUUCAAGAUGAAGGAAGUUGCUACCAGAGAACAAUUGGUUAUGUGGUUAUGGCGCGUACAUAACUUCGUCAACAAACGUCUAUCUGGUUAUCAUAGCGACGAUCCGAAGUUCCCCAAGAGACAAUUCCCACCACCGGUUCUGUGCAGCCAGUGCUACACUCCAGAUGGUGCUUUCGAUGAGGAGGAAGUGCUGAAGUUCCUGAUCAGAUACUUCAGUGACAUUCGGCAAGACUCCGUUCAGGCGUGUCGCAUCAACUAUGCUGAUCUAACGCUAUAG